AUGGGACUUGAUGAGAUUGGAGACUUUGAUUUUGCGAGUAAUGUUCAAUUGAAGAAUGUGGAAAGUAAAGUUGAUGCUGUGAUGGAUGAAAACAAAAGAUUAACAGCUGAAAGCAAAAGAGUGGGUGAUUGUGAAAAUAUUCUCGAGAUGCGAGUAAAGAAGUUAGAGUCUAAAAACAAGUCUAAGAUAGAUACUGAUCAGACAGAGAUUGAUUUCUUGAAGGUGAGAGUGGCAGAGUUAGAAGAAGAAAAGACUCGCCGAGAUGAACAGAACAAGUACUUUGAAUUGAAAAACAAAGAACUUGAAGCUGCAAAGGCAUUAAAGGAACAUGAAUUUUAUAUGAUGAACAAGGUGAUUGAGAGUAUGCUCGGAAAGUCGAUAGAGCAAAGGUUUGAGGAAAUUCAAGUUGAAGAAGUCAGGGCUAAACGCCAAGCUGAGAUUGAAGCUUUAAUGAAAGACAAAGCUAUUUUUGAGGAAGAUGUAUCACUUGAAGAUCUUGCUGGGAAUGAUGAUGAAGAAGAUGAUGAGGAGGAUGAUGAUGAAGGGGGUGAUGACGAAGAAGAUGAUGAUGAUGAUGAUGAAAAAUCGUGUGGUAGUCGUGGUGGUAGUAGUGGUGGUAGUAGUGGUGGUAGUAGUGGUGGUAGUAGAGGUGGUACUAGUGGUGGUAGUAGUGGUGGUAGUAGUGGCGGUAGUAGUGGUGGUAGUAGUGGCGGUAGUCGUGGUAGUGGCGGUAGUCGUGGUAGUGGCGGCGGUGGUAGUGGCGGUGGUAGUGGCGGUGGUAGUGGCGGUGGUAGUGGCGGUGGUAGUGGCGGUGGUAGUGGCGGUGGUAGUGGCGGUGGUAGUGGCGGUGGUAGUGGCGGUGGUAGUGGCGGUGGUAGUGGCGGUGGUAGUGGCGGUGGUAGUGGCGGUGGUAGUGGCGGUGGUAGUGGCGGUGGUAGUGGCGGUGGUAGUGGCGGUGGAAGUGGCGGUGGUAGUGGCGGUGGUAGUGGCGGUGGUAGUGGCGGUGGUAGUGGCGGUGGUAGUGGCGGUGGUAGUGGCGGUGGUAGUGGCGGUGGUAGUGGCGGUGGUAGUGGCGGUGGUAGUGGCGGUGGUAGUGGCGGUGGUAGUGGCGGUGGUAGUGGCGGUGGUAGUGGCGGUGGUAGUGGCGGUGGUAGUAGCAGUAGUAGUAGCAGAAGGGUAGUCGCAAUCGAUGCGUUCAACUUGAGGCAAAAACAUUUCGGGAUCGGUAGUAAGGAUUUAUCUAAUGUCGAGGAUAUAGCUGGUCGUAUGCAAGUUGUGUAA